ACAUCAACUGACCGUUGGCCUUCAACAAUUAUCAUUGAAAGUUUGAAACCACAGCGGGAGAAAUUCAAAUUUUGAAAUUCAAAACAGACGUAGUCAUUUCCCAGUUUGCCCAAUCUUAAUAAAAUAAUAUAAAAUAAUUAUUAUUUUUAAAAUUCCAUUUUCACUUUUGCCCCAGUGCUUCCCCAUUCCGCCCUUCUCUCCUCGCCCUUCUUAUAUUCUCAUUCUCUCCUCGCUCCCUCCCCCCACUCUCUCUCUCUCUCUCUCUCUCUGAUCAAUCAGGAAGCGUAUAAGCCCUAAUAGUCUUUCUGGGUUUUGGAGCAUCAGCAAGUCGAGAACUGCAAGAACAUGGGUCAGAUCCAGUACUCGGAGAAGUACUUCGAUGACACUUACGAGUACAGGCAUGUCGUUCUUCCUCCCGAAGUUGCCAAACUUCUCCCCAAAAAUCGCCUUCUGUCCGAAAACGAAUGGCGUGCAAUUGGAGUUCAGCAGAGUCGAGGAUGGGUCCACUAUGCCAUCCACCGACCAGAGCCGCACAUCAUGCUCUUCAGGAGGCCUCUGAACUACCAGCAGCAGCAGGAGAACCAGGUCCAGCAGAACGUUCUUAACAAGUGAUGAUCCUUUCAUCCAACUACCUUCUCUUUUUAUCCAGAAAUGAACUGAAAAAAUUAGGGUUUAUAGUCCAGUCAAGAACUGGUCUGCUACUGUACUAUUUUGAUUCUCAAUUACUACAAUUCUCUGAUCUUGAGAAUUAGAUGAUGUUGAUACUUUCUGAACCUGUGUGGUCUCAGUUGGUUGUCUUGAUUGUCAGUGAAACUUUGUAAGACUCAGCUUGCACAUCCUACUUUUGAAUAUACGAGGGUUGUUUGCUUC